AUGGCUCGGCUCGGCGCGCUGCUGUCCUGCCUGCUGCCCUUACAUUGCGCGCUCUGUGCCGCCCCAGGCAGCGGGACCCCAGAGCUGCGGCUUUCUGAGAAGCUUAGCGACUAUGGUGUCACAGUGCCCUUCAGCACAGAUUUUCGGGGACGCUUCCUCUCCCAUGUGGUAUCAGGCCCAGCAGCAGCAGCAGCCACUGCCACCACCUCCACGAUGACUGAGCAUGCGGACGGACCACACCUACGGGUGGCUCGCAGCCCCCUGGGGACCACCACAGAGGAGCCCUUCUCGCUCUACUUCAACGUGACUGUGUUUGGGGAACAACUGCACUUAGGCCUGCGGCCCAACCAGAGGCUGGUGGUGCCAGGAGCCAUGGUGGAAUGGCAGGAGGAUUUUCAGGAGCUGUUCCGGCAGCCCUUGCACCAGGACUGUGUGUACACAGGCAAUGUCACCGGCAUGCCUGGGGCAACUGUGGCCAUUAGCAACUGUGAUGGACUGGCCGGCCUCAUCCGCACACAGAACACUGACUACUUCAUUGAGCCUCUGGAAUGGGGCCGACAAGAGGAAGAAGAGGCUGGUGGGAGGAAACACGUGGUGUACCGCUGGGAAGCUGUGCAGCAUGAAGGGGCGGAGCCGCACAAGGACAUGCACGAUGAAGCCUUUGGCCCAGGCAACCUUCCCAACGUGCUGGGCCAGGUGAAAGAGCAGCUGCACCAGGCGGAGCGGAAACGGCGACAUGCCAGCCCCGGCAGCUACAACAUGGAGGUGCUGCUGGCAGUGGAUGACUCAGUGGUGCGCUUCCAUGGCAGGGAACAUGUGCAGAACUACAUCCUCACCUACAUGAACAUCGUGGAUGAGAUCUACCACGACGACUCCCUGGGCACCCAUCUGAACCUUGUCAUUGUUCGCCUGAUCAUGGUUGGCUACUACCAGUCCCUGAGCCUGAUCGAGCUUGGGAAUCCUGCCCGUAGCCUGGACCAGGUAUGUCGCUGGGCUCAGUCUCAGCAGCGCCAGGACCCCAACCAUCCUGAGCACCACGACCACGUGAUCUUCCUCACUCGGCAGAAGUUUGGACCUGCAGGGUAUGCACCUACUGCUGGCAUGUGCCAUCCCCUAAGAAGCUGUACCCUUGACCUUGAGGAUGGUUUCUCCUCCACCUUUGUGGUGGCCCACGAGACUGGCCAUGUGCUGGGCUUGCAGCAUGAUGGGCAGAUGAACACCUGUGCCGAUGACGUCAGCCUGGGCAGUGUCAUGGCGCCACUGGUGCAGUCCUCCUUCCACCGCUUCCACUGGUCCCACUGCAGCAGGCUGGAGCUCAGGCGUUACCUCUCCUAUUACACCUGCCUCCUUGACAACCCCUUCAAGCCCAACUGGCCUGAACCCCCGGUGCUGCCUGGAAUUAACUACUCAAUGGAUGAGCAGUGCCGCCUCGACUUUGGCACUGGCUACCGAAAGUGCAUCCAGUUUAUGCUCUUGGAUCCCUGCAAGCAGCUGUGGUGUUCCCACCCCGACAACCCACACUUCUGCAAGACCAAGAAGGGGCCCCCACUGGAUGGCACCCAGUGUGCCCCAGGAAAGUGGUGCUUCAAAGGUUACUGUGUCUGGAAGACACAGGAGCUGAUGUACAGUGAGGAUGGAGGCUGGAGUUCCUGGACCAGCUUCGGGUCCUGCUCGCGGUCGUGCGGGGGCGGGGUGCGAUCCCGCAGCCGGAGCUGUGACAACCCCCCUCCAGCCCAUGAAGGCCACUCAUGCCCAGGGCCCAUGUUCGAGUACCAGAUCUGCAACAGUGAGGAGUGUCCAGGGCCCUACGAAGACUUCCGGGCCCAGCAGUGUGCCAAACGCAACUCCUACUACAUCCACAAGAACACCAAGCACAGCUGGAUCCCCUAUGAGCCUGAAGACGAUGACCAGAAGUGUGAGCUGAUCUGCCAGUCAGAGGACACGGGGGACGUGGUGUUCAUGAACCAGGUGGUACAUGAUGGCACUCGCUGCAGCUACCGGGACCCGUACAGUGUCUGUGCCCGCGGCGAGUGUGUGCCUGUCGGCUGUGACAAGGAGGUGGGGUCCAUGAAAACAGAUGAUAAGUGUGGAGUCUGUGGUGGUGACAACUCCCAUUGCAAGACUGUGAAGGGAACACUGGGCAAGGCCUCCAAGCAGGCAGCUCUCAAGCUAGUGCAGAUCCCGGCGGGCGCCAGGCACAUCCUGAUUGAAGGGCUGGAGAAGGCCCCCCCACAAUGCAUUGCGAUAAAGAACCAGGUGACAGGAAACUUCAUCCUCAACCCCAAGGACAAAACGACCCCAAACCCAAAUCGGACUUUCACCGCACUGGGCCUGGAAUGGGAACACUCAGUGCAAGAUGCCAAGGAAAGCCUCAAGACCAGCGGGCCCCUGCCUGAAGCCAUCGCUGUCCUGGCGCUCCCCCUGGUGGAGGGUGGCCCCCGCAGCAGCCUGACCUACAAGUACGUCAUCCAUGAGGACCUGCUGCCCCAGAUCGGGAGCAACAAUGUGCUUCUGGAGGAGACAGACACCUACGAGUGGGCACUCAAGAGCUGGUCCCCCUGCACCAAGACCUGUGGAGGAGGUAUCCAGUUCACCAAGUAUGGCUGUCGCCGCCGACGGGACCACCAGAUGGUGCAGCAGCACUUGUGUGAACACAGGAAGAAGCCCAAGCCCAUCCGCCGACGCUGCAACCAGCAGCCCUGUGUGCAGCCCACGUGGGUGACAGGAGAGUGGAGCGCCUGCAGCCGGAGUUGUGGGAAGCAGGGACUGCAGGCUCGGAAGGUGCAGUGCCUGCUGGAGAUCUCCAAUGGUACCUACGAGGUCAUGCUGGCCAAGGCCUGCUCUGGCGAUCGGCCUGAGGCCCGGCGGCCCUGCCUGCGGGUGCCCUGCCCAGCACAGUGGCGGACAGGAGCCUGGUCGCAGUGCUCCGUCACCUGUGGGAAAGGUAUCCAACAGCGGCAGGUGGUGUGCCGUGCCAGCGCCAACAGUGUCGGACAGUGCGAGGCAGAUAAGCCGGACACCGUCCAAGUCUGCAGCCUGCCCCCCUGCGAAGGAACUCUCCAGGACUCCAUGGUGAGGGCUGACCUCCAGGAGCCCCUGGCUGCAGAAGGACAGUGGAUGUCGCAUACGGGUUCCCAACUCCCCAUGGAUGAGAUAUCAGCAACGGAGCCCUGCGUGGGGGACAGGUCCAUCUUCUGCCAGAUGCAAGUGCUCAAGCGCUACUGUUCCGUCCCCGGCUACCGCCGCUUGUGCUGUGAGACCUGUUCUACAGAAGACUCGGCCCAAGACACCAGCCCGGACCCCAGCCUGGCCUCACUGCCCUCCUUCUCCACUCCUGGGAGCCCCUUCCCAGAUGCUGCAGUGGUGUCUACUUGGGGCCCAGCGGGAGCAGCUAGCCAUCAGUUUGAUCCACCCGCAGAACUCCCAGGACCUCCGCACACGAGCUCUGCAGUGAGCCAACAUCACCCUGUCCCCCAGAAACUGAGUCAUACCACCAUGCAGGGACAGCCUUGGGGCUGGACCCCGACACCUUUGCCAGCCUCUGAGGAUACCGGGCAGCCAGGGGAGGAGCCGACACAAGGUAGCCUUCCUCCUACCUCUUUGGUGACCUGA